AUGAUCCCAGAGAAGGUGUACGACCUUUGCCAGAGCGGCAUAUCCGUGAGUUCUAAGCUGGCCGAAAAUCCAAAUUUGUCUCCGCAUGAAGCGUGUAAGAGACUCUUCGGAGUCGACAUUGAGGAUGAAGUCGUGACGAAGAACCUGGAUCUAUCAAAAGCGGGACCAAGCGACCUUGAACAAGCACGAAAGUGUGGUAAAUGGGGAAAUGCAACACCUAGCAACUUGUUUUUGAGGAUCUACCAUGAUGUCUUAUGUACCCUAGAAAAAAAUCCUCUGGUCGGUGUAUGCGCACCAUCACUGAUGGGCAGCAGCGGAGUGUGCCCACUCACUAUCAUGGCAACGGUGCCCGAUAUUUGUCGACACAUGUCUAAUGUGAUAGCUCGAGCGGAGCAUGAGGUAUUUUUGGCCACCAACUUCUGGAUGUACUCUGAGCCCACCAGGCUGAUCACUAAUGGAUUGAGAGAACUUUCAAAGAAAGCAGUCCAGAUGAAUCGCCGAGUCGUCGUCAAGAUCAUUUAUGGCCGAGGCAUCGUCAAACAGCAGUUCCUGAACAACCAUCUUCCCGUCCCGCCGGAGGAAUUUGCUGAUGCCCACGGCAAGAUUCGAAUCCCACAUCCUGAUGAGCUUCCGAAUGUGGAUAUCGAAGUCAUCAACUUUCACCGUCCGAUUUUGGGAACCUUUCAUGCCAAGUAUAUGGUGGUGGAUCGGAAGAUUGCAAUUGUUCAAAGCAAUAAUAUCCAAGAUAUCGACAAUCUGGAGAUGAUGACACAAUGGGAAGGACCAAUUGUAGAUUCUUUCUACGAAGUCGCUCUCAUAUCAUGGCACAAUGCAUUGAAGCCUCCUCCGCCUUGCUUGAAUCAGCCGGCCUCACAGGGCCCACUGCCGACAUUUGAGACGGAGAGUUAUGCCACCUUGUUCGAUGAGAAUGGAAAGCUGGUCCCGGUGCAUCACACCACGACAGCCGUCCCCGCGGCCGGUGAAAGGCUGCGGGAGCUUGCUGGCCGCGGAUCGCAGUUGAACUUGCCCCAGCACACAUCACAAGAUCCGCAUUAUGAUCCGGACAUCGAGUCAGAGGUUUUACGGUCGGUUGCAGCCUUGAAUCCUCGUUCCGGUGAAAGACGAAUCGAUGCAAUCACCCGUCUUUUGAACACCACUAUUCAGCCUGACACCAAAGGAAGCGCCCUUGAUCUAGAGCCAAGCGACUCGAUGACUCCCCUUAUCCCGAUACCACGACAUGAGCCCUUCCCCGUCGCCAUGGUGUGCCGAGAGCCUUGGGGGCCGCCCAACAAAGAGUCGCUCUACACGCCGCAAAAUGAAGCUUUCAUGUCUGCUCUUCGACACGCCACGAAGUCAGUAUUCAUCCAAACGCCUGACUUAAAUUCGGAGAGGCUCCUGCCUGAGAUUCUUGCUGCCUGUCGUCGAGGUAUCCAUGUCACCUAUUACUAUUGUCUCGGCUAUAAUGAUGCCGGUGAGCUCCUCCCUUUCCAAGGAGGUCAUAAUGAAAUGGUGGCAAAUAGGUUGUAUCGAGAUCUCGAGCCAGAAUAUCAUCAGAACCUUGACAUCUAUGCCUAUGUGGCCAAAGAUCAGAUCCACCCAAUUCACAACCGAUUCAAACGCCGGUCUUGUCAUAUCAAAUUGAUGAUUGUCGACGGGCACAUCGCCAUUCAGGGAAAUGGCAACCAGGAUACGCAAAGUUGGUACCACAGUCAGGAGGUGAACGUUCUAAUUGACAGUCACCUGGUGGUUGGAAACUGGAUGGACGGAAUCAAGCAAAAUCAAAACACGCAUCUGUUUGGAAAAGUGGAAAAAGAAGGCCCAGAUGCUGGGUGUUGGAAAGACCCAAAGACAGGACAGCAAGCAGAGGGCGCUAUUGGAGUGGAUCCGGGUAAAUUUGCUUGGGCGAGGGGAUUUGUCGGGGCGGUACAGCGACUACGAGGGAUGGGUGGAUUUUGA